AUGUCACCUCCAAAUCCCAUCGUUCUCUCACCAGCUACACCCUCCGAACUCCUCGAGUACAUCAUCGACCACCACAGAUACCCAACCACGAUCCUCAUCGGCUGGCCCAAAGAGACAUUCAUCCAGGGCCUCGUCGAAGACAUUACACUCCAGCAUCUCUCCUUGCAUCAAGAAACAGCCGAGCAAAAUCAACAAGACGAAAAAGAACAAGCUGUCAAUGUUUCAUCCUCUCUCCAUCCCCUCGAACGCAAAUCCCUCCUCCAAACCGCCGUCUCGCGCCACAUCCGUCUGCUCUUCGUCCCUAGCAUGACGCAUCUCCGUGCUUACCUCGGCACAUUUUCCGCCUCAGACUCCCAGAUCCCGCCUCCUCCAUUGUCAGACCUGGACAUUUCCGACUCACGAUGUCCUACGGGCACACCCUUGUUGCUCGUAUAUGGCUUCCUCGAGCUUCACCGUGGUGGAACCGAGUGGUCUGCCCAGGGCAUUGGCACCACGGCUGCGUACUUUAUCGAGGCGGCUGCGAGGAACUCCUUCAGAGCUGCCAUGGCUGAGCCUAGAGGGGCAAAGGGGCUUACGACAUUGGAUGAGUUUUUGGACGAAAAGAUACCCAUUCUGAGUGGCAGUGGUGUGAAUAGCAAUGGUGAAUACAGUGGGCGGACGGUUCCCAUAAGAGCGGUGCUCAGUCGCUGGUUCAAAUUUACAAGGCAAGAAGAUAGAGAAAGGGCACAAACAUCUUGA